ACAAAAAGGCAAAAGCCCUCUCCAGAGCCACACACACACAUACACGCAGACAUACGAGAGCAACACCUUGGUUCACCAAUGGCGGUGUGUCGCUACCAUGCCAUGGCUCUCUCUCCCGCCGCCGUCGUAUGUGCUUCAUCGUCUUCUUCAUCCGUGGCCUUUCCUCGUCUUCAGACGCUGCGUUUCAAGUCGAAUCGAAGAGCUUCUAUGUCUGCUAGGUUUUCGGUCUUUGCAUCGUCGCGAUCUCUAGAAGCUCUGAUCUUCGAUUGCGAUGGUGUGAUUCUGGAAUCGGAGGAUUUGCACCGUCAGGCUUACAACGACGCUUUCGCUCACUUCAAUGUUCGGAGCCCUCCUUCUCUGUCCAGUUCUCUCACUUGGAGUCCCGAAUUCUACGACGUGUUCCAGAAUCAGGUCGGCGGUGGAAAACCUAAGAUGAGAUGGUACUUCAAGGAGCAUGGCUGGCCGACUUCGACCAUAUUUGAUUCGCCACCGGAGACUGACGACGACCGCGCCAAGUUAAUCGACACUCUUCAGGAUUGGAAAACCGAGAGGUACAAAGAAAUCAUAAAAUCUGGAACUGUGGAACCAAGACCUGGUGUUUUGAGGCUGAUGGAUGAGGCUAGGACUGCGGGAAAGAAGUUGGCUGUUUGCUCGGCAGCAACCAAGAGUUCGGUGGUACUAUGUCUUGAGAAUCUCAUAGGCAUUGAGCGUUUCCAGGGACUUGAUUGCUUCCUCGCAGGGGACGAUGUUAAGGAGAAAAAGCCUGAUCCUUUGAUAUAUAUAACAGCUGCUAAGAAGCUUGGUGUUUCAGAGAAAGACUGUUUGGUUAUAGAGGACAGCGUGAUAGGCUUGCAGGCAGCUACAAAAGCCGGGAUGUCGUGUGUUAUCACAUAUACCUCCUCAACCUCGGACCAGGAUUUCAAAGACGCAAUAGAAGUCUACUCAGAUCUCAGCAAAGUGAGAUUUCAGGACUUGGAGAGUCUGCUUCAAAGCGUGGUUGCUGCGGGCUAAUAGAACACUCUUUUUGUAAUUAAGCCUUGGAAGAAAAGCAAAAGGGGUGGUGGCGCAGUUGGCUAGCGCGUAGGUCUCAUAGCUUCUGAGUGAUCCUGAGGUCGAGAGUUCGAGCCUCUCUCACCCCAUUUCUUUUUUCUUUUCAUUCAUUUUGAAUAUUUGAUGGACGUUUAAUAAACCUAACAUCAAACAUGACAUACACACACACUAUACAUUCCAAAACUUAACACAAAAGUUGGAAAUGCAACAGCACGCUUUAGUAAAAUCCCAUUAAAAGAAUGUUGUAUACAAUUCAAAAGCUGGAGCAAUCAAAACAAAUUCAUUUUCUUUUC